AUGGGGCUGCUGAGAGCGUUCCUCAUGGCAGCUGGUUUGGCUUGCGCUUCUGCGCAAGCCUUGCAGCAAACCCCCGUGUCCAUCACCAAGCCAGAGGGCAAAACGGUGCUCAUCAACUGCCACGUCUCCGAUCCGGAUUUUAACAACCUUUUCAUUCACUGGUACCAAAAGAGGCCCAACGCGGCUCCCAGGCGCAUCGCUUACAUGGCCUCCAGGCUCUUCCUUCAAGACCAGUCUGAUGAGGGGAAGUUCAGUAUCGAGAAGGACCCCACCAAAUCCGUCUGCACCCUGACGGUGAGCAAAGUCACUCGGCAAGACGCCGCUACCUACUACUGUGCCAGGUGGGAUGCACAGCAAUGCACAAGUGCUUCUCAGACAGUAUCCAGCAUCCGUUACCAGGAGGCAGACCAAGACGGUCCCGAACGGAUUCUGUAUAUCGGAUCAGGUGCUGCUGUCUACGAUGACAAUUCCUAUAGGAGCAAGUACGGUGCUUCGAAGGAAGGCACCAACCUCUGCACUUUACAAGUCGAUGACAUCAGCUCCAGGGAUGAAGGAACCUACUACUGUGCCUUCUGGCAGUCCCACAGAGCUCCCAGAGCACCCGCAGCCUGCACAGGAAGCUGCCGGUACCCUGAGCGCCGGCUUUCUGUCCAACGCCGAGAGCCGCCGUCGCCCCUUCCUGCCUCGAAACAUCCCGAGGGGUCUGUGCUGAGCGUGUCAGGAGAAACAACGGGCAGAGGGAACCGCACAGAAAUGCAGCGGGCCACAUCUCAGCUGGUAAAACGCGCCGGGCUGGGGAAAAGAAGCAUUCCGGUGGGUGAUGGCAGUGAGAGCUGGAUUAUACACUAA